AACAGCACACAAACCAAAUCUGAAGCCUGAAUCAAGCACCCAAUUUUCUGCACUCUCCACCCUUGAUCAGCCCACGCUCAAAAUCACCAGCAGGACGGGUGUUUAAUCAUUGAAUCAAUCACGUGAGCAAUUGACUAUCGACAACACCCGCUUUGGGCACACGAUGAACACACGCGGCAGCAGCAGCGGUCAGCACCCCAGCACCGGACGCAACAACUACACGCCACGAGGCAAUGGACGAGGCGGGCGGGGCCGCGGGCGUGGCGGACACAGCGACCAUGGCAACCUCAAUCGUGGCGGGCAUAGCGACCACAGCGGCUUCAGCCGUGGCGGGCAUAAUGACCAUGGCGGCUUCAACCGCGGUGGCCGUGGCCGUGGUGGGCGCGGCGACCACGGCAGCAUGCACAAGCCGCCCGGCCUGGUGGCAGUCAAGCCGACAGGCUCCACGCCCGUAGACAGCGCAACCUGGCGAGUUAUGUACGGGGCGCCGGCAGUGACGCGGCCAGAGGUGAGCACGACGGGCGAGCAGGUGCCAGGCCCAUUUAGCCCACCGCUGCGACCAGUGGAUGGCGGGGAGCAGAAUGGAAUACGGCGACCGCAGGAUAUUUUGAGGAAGCACAACGAGGCGUUUGUGAUGAAGCAGAGGGUGCAGGUGCUGCUGCAGCAGGCCGCGAACAGUCUGUCGGGAGGACAUGGCAACUAUGUGGGCAAGUUGUCGCAUAACAACAACCCGCUCAUCCCGGUUCUGCCGCGGCCAGAUGCUGUUUGA